AUGGCGCGGCGACGAAAGGUGGUGCAGAAGCUUGCUCAGGCUGACCCACGACAAGAGCUCCCUUCAUCCAUAGAAUCACCGUCAGAUGCUCCAACGACUGAGCUGGUGAGUGAGAAAGAAGCAGAUGAGACUGUGCCCUUUGCGAUCCCUGAGAUUCCAGUUAAGGAGAAGGCAGUUGCUUCUCCGAUUGCUCCGUUUUCGCCAAAGGGGGGUUCGAAAUUAGAAUUUACGGAGCCUCUUCAGAAGGAUGGACAAAAGAUUGCCCAACUGGAUAUAGAGGAGAUAGAAGUUGAAGCAUCAUUCUGGAAUUCGGCUUUGAUCUGUGUUGUCAUUGGUGCUAAUCCACCAUUACCAGUUUUUGAAGGUUUUAUCAACCGGAUUUGGGGGAAGCUUGGAAUUGACCGAGUGGCAAGGAUGAAUUCUGGUUUUACGAUGGUCAAGUUCAGAGAUGAAGCUACACGUGAUUUGGUUUUAGUAUCAGGGGUAAUCCAUUUUGAUAGGAAGCCAGUUAUCUUACGACCUUGGACGACUGAUAUUGAACAUCUGAAAUCGAUCAAAUCGGUUCCUGUUUGGAUCCGUCUUCCUGAUCUUGGUUUACAAUACUGGGGCACCAAAUGUUUGAGUGCAUUGGUUAGUACUAUUGGAAAACCAAUCAUGAUAGAUAAGGUCACUAAGGAUAGAUCGAUGAUUAAGUUUGCUCGAAUUCUGGUUGAUAUGGAAAUAUCAAAUACUCUUCCAAAUUUCAUUAACUACAUCAAUGAGAGAGGCCAAGUAAUGGACCAAUUGAUAGACUAUGAGUGGUUGCCUACUAAAUGCUCUAAUUGCAAAAAGUUAGGGCAUACAGUUUCUUCUUGCAAGCAUGUGGAAGGUAUGGUCUGGAGGAAAAAAGAGGCCCCAGUUGAUGCUACAGAAAACAUCACUAAGCAUGAAGCUUCAGGCAGUAAACUUAACCAAAGAGGGUUAAAUAAGAGGAAUAAGCAGAUAUCUGUUGGUGAUAUUUGCAAGAUAAAUAAGAUUGGUUUUGGGGCUCUUUUGGAAACCAAAAUAAAAGGUGAUCGAGUAAAGGAUGUUAUGAAUUAUAGUUUUUUGGGUUGGGAUUUUUACAGUAGUAGGGCCCUGGAAGGUAGAAUCUUGUUAAUCUGGAAGGGCAGCUGGGUCAAAGUAGAUGUUUUGGUUGAUCAUGCUCAGUUUAUUCAUUGUAAGAUAGAGUUGAGGAAAAUUCUUUGGUCUGAGUUGGCUGUAAUCUCUAUUCCUGUCAAACCGUGGUUAGUUAUUGGUGAUUUCAAUUUUGUCUUUGAUGUAGUAGACUGUAUAGGGGGAAAGGUCAUUUCUCCUAAAGAAUUAGAGGAUACUCGGAAAUGGCUUGAUCUUGGGAUUGUGGAAGAAAUGAAACUGCUGGGUUCUUAUUACACUUGGUCGAAUAAUCAAGAUGGUAAUAAUCGCAUUUUUUCCAAAUUAGACAGAGUGUUCAUUAAUGAGGCUUGGCUUGAUACUUUUCCAAAUGUCAAUGCUAUAGCUAACUGGGAGGUUGUUUCUGAUCAUUGUGCCAUCAUUUUGAAGCAUAUUUCUGUCCUCAAUAAUGGUUUGCGCCCUUUCCGUUUCUUCAACAUGUGGACUAGUCAUCCGCUAUUCAAACCUAUUGUUUUGGCUAGUUGGAAUAAUCCUUUACCGUUAGAGGGUUGUGGUUUACAACAGCAAGCUAAAAGCAAUUUAUUCACUGAUCCGAAAAGUCAAGUCCUGAGCGAAAUUGAGAGAGCUUCUCACCUGGAGUACAAAAAGCAAGAGGCUGCUUAUGCGAGUUAUUUGUAUCAGAAAAGUAAGAUUGAUUGGCUCAGAUUCGGUGAUGAGAACUCAGCUUUGUUUUAUGCCAGUAUGAAGAAAAGGAAAACCCUUAACAGAAUUGUGUCCUUUGUAGAUGAAAAUGGCAGAGUUGAAGUGGAUUAUCCAAAGGUUAUAAGUCAUUUUACUCAGCAUUUUCAACCUUUUUUAGGUGGAGCUAGUGCAGCAACUGGGUUAGUUGAAACUUCAGUAGUGCUCUCGGGUCCUUCUCUUAGCAUUGAAGACCAAUUUUUCAUGAUCAAACCUUUCACUUACCAAGAAGUCAAAACAGCUAUGUUUAGCAUAAAGGCAGUUAAGAGCCCGGGUCCGGACGGGUUUGGGGCUGGUUUCUACAAGAGUUUAUGGUCUGUCAUUGGGAAAGAAGUGGCUUCAGCAGUGACUGAUUUUUUUGAUUUGGGAUACAUUCCGAAGAGAUUGAAUAGUACCAUAUUAGCUCUUAUUCCCAAAGUCACUCAACCCUCAAAUGCCUUAGAAUAUUGCCCAAUAGCCUGCUGCAAUACACUAUACAAAUGCAUAUCUAAAAUUCUUUGUAAUAGGUUGAUUCCUAUCCUUCCCAAGUUGAUAAAUCAGAACCAAGGAGCUUUUGUUAAGAAUAGAACUAUUGCUCAUAAUGUUCUUAUUCUUGAAGAUCUUCUUAAAGGAUAUAACAGGAAAAGAGUGUCACCUCGGUGCUUAAUGAAAAUAGAUCUUAGCAAAGCCUACGAUUCUAUUGAUUGGGAUUUCCUUGAGAAUCUAUUAAAUGCUUACAAGUUUCCUGGCAGGUUCAUUAAAUGGAUUAUGGUUUGCUUGCGAGGUUCUUCCUAUUGCAUUCUUAUGAAUGGUCAACUCUAUGGUAAUUUUAAGGGUGGUAAGGGGCUGCGUCAAGGUGAUCCUAUUUCCCCCCUUCUCUUUGUCCUAGUUAUGGAAUACCUCACACGAGCUCUUCAUGGGGCUGCUAAAGAUAAGAAUUUCAUAUUUCAUCCGCUUUGUAAAUCUUUGAACAUAACUAACCUUUGUUUUGGGGAUGAUUUGUUGCUAGUUUGCAAAGAUCAUAUCAACUCUAUUCAGAUUCUGCAGAAGGUUUUUAAAUCAUUUUCAUCAGCUUCUGGUCUGAGUAUUAAUCAAGCCAAGUCUCGCAUUUAUUUUGGAGGUAUUGAUUCAGCUGAGAAGGAGAAACUUCUAUGUAUUUCUAAUAUGAUAGAAGGGCAGUUUCCUCUAGUGUAUCUUGGUGUUCCUUUGCGGCCUACUAAGUGGAAAGCUAUGGAUUGUGAUCUCAUUAUUUCGAAAAUUAGGCAAAGACUUCAUGGUUGGGCCAGCCGUAACUUGUCGUAUGCUGGGCGUGUGCAACUCAUUCAGUCAGUUUUAUUGGGGAUUAGGAACUUUUGGAUGAGCAUAUUUCUCCUUCCUCAGAAAGUUAUCAAAGAAAUUGACAGUUUGUGCAGAAUUUUCUUAUGGGGUGGCAAUGGCUCUCGAAGUAAAUUUCAUCUAGCAUCUUGGGACCAUGUUUGCAGACCAAAGGCUUAUGGUGGUGGUGUCCGGAUUUGGGAUUAUGUUUUGCAUCAAGAUACUAGCUGGUACUGGAAAAAGAUAGUUAAGGUGAGCAAGUUUCUGUAUGAAUUGCUUAUGAAUGUUGCUGCUUAUCACCAGAAGCUGCUUACCAGAGAUCUAUUGCAUCAUUGCAAUAUCCCUGUUAUCUCUCAAAGUUUCCCGGUUUGUGAGACUGAAAUGGAGAGCCAUGCUCACCUAUUUUUUGACUGUUUGUUUUCUAGGAAAGUGCUUCAGGCGGUUGCUAAUUGGCUGGGAAAUCUUAUAUGGCCUAGGAAUUUCCAGAAUUGGUGUAGCUGGCUGGAAGAGACUAGUAAAGAUGACCUAUCUCGGGUAGUUGCAGCUUCAUUGGCUGCUUCAGUUUACUUUAUCUGGCAAAAUAGAAACAAGUGCUGGUUGGAAAGCUGCUGUUUUUGUAUGGCCCAUGUUGAUGCUCUUAUUAGGAAUUCAGUUAAGGCUAGAGUUAAUAAUCUUAGCCGUAGGAGUAAAAAUCUAACUUUGAGGGAGAAACUAAUGAUACAUUUUUUCUCUAGACUGUAA